GGGUUUUGGUGACUGGCAGUUGGAGAACCCCAUGAUUUUCAACCUUUCUCCACCCUUCGCGACCUCGAAUCCGAGACCGCGCCCUACGAGAGCCACGGAGAGCUUACUUAUCACAGCUGUUCGGGACAAGUCCGCCGAUGUCGUUCCGUUGGAAUCUCUCGUCAAAUAAUUGUUUCCUACUUUCUCUCUUUGUGCUUUUUUGGAGAAAAGAGAUAUUUUGUCCCUAUCUUUAUUACUCUGAGUGUGGAGUGUCGUCCUUCAAGUCUCUUUUAGAACAGUCACCCUUAUUUGUUGCUGGACGUUCAGUCUACUGUAGCUUGCUCGCUCGAUAGACCGCAGCCUUGCUUUUGGGCACGUAGCAUAGAGCACGCAACACACUGCACACGACCUCGACCUCGACCUCUGCACUCUCACCAAGAUGACGACGGAGAAACCUUUGGGCUUCGGCUACCAGUUCGCCGCCGGCGCUAUCGCCGGUGUGUCUGAAAUUCUGAUAAUGUAUCCUCUAGACGUGGUCAAGACGAGAGUACAACUCCAAGGCAAACCUGUCCCAGGUCAAGACUACUACACCGGCAUGGGCGACUGUUUCAGGAAGAUCAUCAAGAACGAAGGACCCUCCAGACUGUACCGCGGCAUCGGCGCGCCGAUCAUGAUGGAAGCGCCCAAACGAGCGACCAAAUUCGCGGCCAACGACUCCUGGGGCGUGUUCUAUCGCAAGCUCUUCAACGUCGAGAAACCGACGCAACCUCUCGCGAUCCUGACGGGCGCCACCGCCGGCGCGACCGAAGCCUUUGUCGUGGUUCCCUUCGAGCUGGUCAAGAUCAGAUUACAAGAUCGCGCAAGCGCGGGCAAAUACAACGGCAUAGCCGACUGUGUGGUCAAGAUUGUGAAGUCUGAGGGUCCCCUGGCGCUGUACAACGGCCUCGAGUCCACACUUUGGAGACAUAUUCUGUGGAACGCGGGAUAUUUCGGUUGUAUUUUCCAGGUCAAGGCGCUUAUGCCGGCGGUCGACAAGAAGGAUAAGGUCAAGGCUAUGGCUACGGAUUUCACAUCGGGAGCCAUUGGUGGUACCGUCGGCACGAUACUCAACACCCCGAUGGAUGUGGUCAAGUCGCGGAUCCAGAAUUCGCCUAAGAUAGCGGGCUCGGUGGCCAAGUAUAAUUGGGCUUGGCCCGGAUUGGGCACGAUGAUGAAGGAGGAGGGCUUUGCCGCGCUGUACAAGGGGUUCUUGCCUAAGGUGCUGAGAUUGGGUCCGGGUGGUGGUGUGCUGCUGGUGGUGUACACCACUGUCAUGGACUAUUUUAGAACGUUGGGUGCUCAGCCAAUCGUCUAGACGAGAAACGACGAGGCUAUGUGGAGAUCGACGGCCUUCCUUUGAUGCUAGGGGGCCUGUUCUCCUCUCAUGCGACAGACAAAGUGACUCCCGUGUUAGACUUUGUCUUGUUUCAGAGUCGGUAUCAUGGAUCACCUCAGCAUCGACAGGACAAGGCUCAACCUUUAUGGUCAUCACUCUGAGUUUCCGAAAGGGGUCCGAGAAGCGGGAGGUAACACAGCAAUAGACUGGGUCGGAAUUUUGGCAGGAGGAUCUAUUCGAGUCAUAGGCUUAACCUCUGGCAUUGCUGCUCUAGAUUCGAAGCUGCAAGAACGAGAGAGAUGCAGAGUCAGAAACGCGAACAUUUUUCAUUUCG